GCAUUCUAUGAUACCCCUCAUUACCACAGCCUCGUCUAUUUUUAUCUAUUUCUUUUUCUUUCUCACUUCUUUCUUCAGUUUUGAAUAUGGCAGCUAACAGUCUUCCUCCUGACCAAAGAUAUACGCGUUUAGAAAAGUUAGGUGAAGGUACCUAUGCCACAGUCUAUAAAGGAAAAAGCAGAGUUACUGGUGAAAUCGUCGCACUCAAAGAGAUUCACUUGGAUCCAGAAGAAGGUGCUCCAUCUACAGCUAUUCGAGAAAUUUCCCUCAUGAAAGAGCUAAAGCAUCCCAACAUUGUACGCCUUCAGGACAUUAUACAUACCGAGAACAAACUAACGCUUGUGUUUGAAUACAUGGACCAAGACUUGAAGAAAUACAUGGACUCAGCUGCGCGCUCAACCCACGGUGCCUUAGACGCCAAUACAAUUAAGUCCUUUAUGUAUCAACUCUUGAGAGGUAUUGCCUAUUGUCAUGAAAACCGUGUUUUGCAUAGAGAUCUUAAGCCACAAAAUUUGCUUAUCAACAAGCACCAUCAGCUCAAACUAGGUGAUUUUGGUCUCGCCCGUGCUUUUGGUAUUCCAGUCAACACGUUCUCUAAUGAAGUAGUUACAUUAUGGUAUCGUGCGCCUGAUGUCUUGUUGGGUUCCCGUAUGUAUUCUACAUCAAUUGAUAUCUGGUCAGCAGGUUGUAUUAUGGCAGAAAUGUAUACAGGUCGACCAUUGUUUCCAGGCACAACCAAUGAAGAUCAACUUCAAAAGAUCUUUCGUUUAAUGGGUACACCCAAUGAACAAACAUGGCCCAACAUAUCACAAUUGCCUGAAUACAAGCCUGCUCAAGUGGUCUAUCCACCUCAGCAUAUCUCUCAAUUUUUGCCUACGAUUGAUUCUUGUGGUCUAGACUUACUUAAUCGCAUGCUCCAAUAUCAGCCUCAAUUAAGAAUCAGCGCUAAAGAUGCAUUAAAUCAUGCUUAUUUUAAUGACAUUAGAUACUUGUUUACAGACUAAGAAAGUCUAGUUUAUUUAAAUAAUAAAAAUAUGACUAUAUGAAAAAAGAAAGAAAG